AUGGCGAAAUGGUUCCUGCUGCUGCUUGUGGCCAUCUUGGAGACCUCUGCCCAGAUCUCCACUUCCAAGGCCUUCAAUGGGACAGUUAACAGUGACGGAGUGUGUGUGUGCUCAGUGAUACUGCCCGACACCACGUUCCCAGCGGAUAAAAUGGAAUAUCUGCUAGAAACCACAUCGGAACUCAAUAUCAGCGUCCAGGCAGAGAUCACCAAGGUGAAGGAAUAUGGACAGACUCUGUCGGUGUACGCGUCCAGGCUGGUGAACCUGACCCGGCGUGUGGAGAGCUUCGAGACCGGGGGCUCCUACACCCAGCUCGACUUUGAGCUGCUCAGGCUGGAGAUACGAGAGCUGGUGUCCCUCACCUCCCAGCUGAAGGACAUGUUCAACGGGAGCAACACCAUCAUCGACCAGCUCUACGAAGAGAUCGAGAAUAUGUCCCUCAUCGUCCACCAGCUGGAAUCGUACGACAGGAACAACGUGCUUCAAAUCCGCAAGGACAUGGCAGCCCUGCGGGAACGGCUGGAGGAGUGUGAACGUGACCAGGUCGUGACCCCUCCACCCAUCGACUACGGGAGUUGCAAACAUGGCGGCCUCCUCACAGUCACCGAACCUUUCAUUGUGCAACAGAACUGGAUGGGGUCGAGUUACCGAUAUGGAGCUUGGGGGAAAGACCCCGUACCGCUUCUCUCUGAACAAGAGCAGUAUUUAGUGGUGGCCUCCACUGGGGAAUCUUCAUUUCAAACCUUCCGCUUCUACCCCUCUUAUGACGAUUUACUGCUCCACCAAAAUUGGACUGAAAGAAACCUUGGGCAUUAUAGCUAUUACAAUACUGCGCAGGGGGCUGGGAUGGUUUUGUACAAUAACUCUGUGUACUACAACUGUUACAAUAGCAGGAAUAUCUGCAGGUAUAACGUAGACACAGGAGCCAUAGAUAAACGUAUCCUGGCUAAUGCGGCCUACAAUAACAGGUUCUCCUACUACAACGUUAACUACCAGGACAUGGACUUUGCUGUCGAUGAAACAGGCCUUUGGGUCAUUUACUCCACCGAGCAGCAUGCUGGGCGUAUUCUUAUUAGCAAAAUCAACACGGCGGACUUCACUGUUGGGAGGACCUGGGUCACCGAACAGUUCAAGCCCAGCGUCACCAACGCCUUCAUGAUCUGCGGGGUGCUGUACGCCCUUAGGCCUGUGGGCACACAGGCGGAGGAGAUCUUCUACACGUUCGACACCAGGACCGGUGAGGAAGGUCGGGCCGCCGUAAGGAUGGAGAAGGUGAUGGAGACACUGCGCAGUGUCAGCUACAACCCGUCCGAUCACAAGCUGUACGUGUACAAUGAUGGCUAUCUGGUGUCCUAUGACGUGACCUUUAAACCGGAUCAAUAA